AUGUCAUUAUUUGAAAAGAAUACUACCCCAGACCAAAACUUGGGCGAGGACCAAAACCAAAACCAAAACCAAAACCACUCUAACCAUUCUAUCAACAAUGAUGGAAAUGAUGAUAAGAAGGAUUUCAUUUCUCAUAAGGAAAACUAUUUAGAAGAUUCCACAUCGCUGGAAUUUGAUAUGGUUGGUUUAGAAGCUAAUGAUACCAUAUUACAUAAUAAAAUGAAAUUAAUUAAUGAUGCCAUUGAUGAAAUUGGGUUUACUCCUUAUCAUUUGAAAUUAUUUUUCUUGAAUGGUAUGGGUUAUUGUACUGAUUGUAUGUUGACUUAUCUUGAAAGUAGUGUCCGUACAUUUAUUAAUUAUCAAUUUGGUUAUAAAUUCCCCGUUAGUAAUGAAUGUUAUGCCGGUGGGAUGAUUUUAGGAGCAUUAGUAUGGGGGUUUGGAGCUGAUUUAAUUGGUAGACGAUUAGCUUUCAAUUUAUCAUUAUUAUUAAGUGCUAUUUUCACAAUCAUGACGGGGAUGAUGGGCAAUAUGGCAUCUUAUUGUUUAUUUGUAUUAUUAAGUUCAUUUGCUGCUGGUGGGAAUUUAGUUUUGGAUACUUGUGUCUUUUUGGAAUAUUUACCUCAUAAAGAUCAAUGGUUAUUAACUUUUUUCGCAUUCUUUUGGGGGAUUGGUCAAACUAUUGCUGUUGCAUUAGCUUAUGCAUUUUUACCAAAUAAUAGUUGUGAAUCAGCUGAUUAUUGUCCAUCUCAUAUCAAUCGUGGUUGGAGAUAUGUGUUUUAUACUAAUGGAUCAAUUGUUUUGGCCAUGGCCAUACUAAGACUCACAGUGGUGAGAUUGAAAGAAACUCCUAAAUUCUUGGUGGCUAAUAAUCGUGAUGCUGAAGCAGUUGAAGUAUUACAAGAAAUUGCCCACAAAUACAAUCGUAAAUGUUCACUAACGUUGGAACAAUUGUUAGAAUGUGGUGAAAUUGAAAGUAAUGAUGACUAUAGGAAACAUUUCAGUUUUGGUGGGACAUUGUCAUUAAUGUUUCAACAUUUGAAAAUUUUGUUUGCAACCAAAAAAUCAGCUUGGUCAACUUCCUUGUUGUUUUUCUCAUGGGCUUGUUUAGGUAUUGCUUAUCCAUUAUAUUCAGCGUUUUUACCAGAAUAUUUAGCUACUCGUGGUGCCAAUAUCUCUGCUGAUACCACUAGUGGAGUAUAUCGAGAUUUAGUCAUUUCUAAUGUGAGUUCAGUUGGUGGUCCCAUUAUUGCUGGGUUAUUAUUAUAUUUAUUACCAGUUUUAGGUAGAAAGGGGGUAUUGUUUAUUGGUGGAGUCACUACCAUGGCAUUAUUAUUUGGUUAUACUGCCGUGAGAACCAGAGCUCAAAAUGUUGGAUUAACAUCAGCAGUUUAUUGUGCCUUGUAUAUAUAUUAUGGGGUUAUGUAUGCUUAUACCCCAGAAGUUAUGCCAUCAGCUGCUAGAGCCACUGGGAAUUGUUUAUGUUUGUUUUUCACAAGAAUCUCUACCGCAAUGGUCCCCAUUAUUGCUUGGUAUUCUGAUACUUCAUCGGCAGUACCAAUUUGGAUUUGUGGUGCUUUAGUUGGUGUCAUUGGGAUUGUUGCCUUGGCCCUUCCGUUUGAACCAAGUAAACAAAGAGUUGUUUAA